AUGCCAAUAGAUUACUCCAAGUGGGAUAAAAUCGAAUUGUCUGAUGAUUCAGACAUCGAGGUUCAUCCAAAUGUUGAUAAGAAUUCAUUUAUCAAGUGGAAACAAAGAGAUAUCCAUGAAAAACGUCAGCAAAGAAAUAUUGAAAUUAAAUCGAUAUUGGUACAAUUGACGAUGUAUGCUAAGCUUAACACUAGGGUUGAUUACUUAUUAUCAGAUUUGUCAAAGGAAGAAAUACUUGAUAAUGCAAAAGUGAUGGAGAAAUUGAAUGGAAAAUUUGAUCAAUCAGAAAAAUUUGAUUAUGAAAGCUUGAAAAAGGAAAAAGGAGAUAAUUUACGUAAAGGUUUGAGAGAUUUGGCAUUUGAUAAAGAAGAGAUUGAAAACACUCCACCUUAUAAUGAAAUGAUCGAAGAUUUAUUCAUUCAAAUAAAAGAAGAUCAUCCAGAUGCUAAUACCGAUGCCCAAAAAUUGAUUGAUUAUAUAAAAGAGCAUAGACUCAAGAUUGAUGAUGUAUUAUCUAAACAAACUAUUAAAUUGGAUGAUUUAUUAUAUCAAAAAUCAAUGUUGAUUAGUAGUGAUGAUAUCCAUACUGGAUUCGACAGAUCUUUCCUCAAUAAAGAAGAAGAAAAUGCUAAAAAAGAAACUGAAAAGCAAAAGCAAACUAUAACCACAACCGAAACUUUGAAUAACCCCCAACAAUCUCAAGUUUCUAAUCAAGAAGCAAAAUCAGCUCCUAAAUCGGAUGAAGAAAUUCUUGAUGAUUUAACUGUUUUACCAGAAACUGCCGAAUUUUCCAAAAUUUCAAGUACUAAACUAAAUGAAAGUGCUGCUUAUUUAGUUAAAAAUCAUCAUAUUUGUACUGAACAGCAAAAAGACGCUUUGGUUAUGACUGCCUUUGAUCAUCAGUUACAAGGCGAUACAAAGACCACUAAACAAGUUAUUCAUCAAUCUUUAUUACUUCAAUACAUUGCUCAAUUAGCUGGUCCUCAUCCUAGUAAAGAUCAAACGAUCAAAGCCAUCAAAUUGUUCAUUUCUAAAGUGGAUGAUAACUCUUCUCCUGCAAAACAGGCUUUCCUUCAAGAUGUUGAUAACACCUUCAAUCAUAUAAAGAAUAGGUGUGAAGUCAUUAGGAAAGAGCAAGAAGAAAAUCAAGAUGGUAAUGGUGAAGAAGCUUUAAUUCAAUUAAAAGCUCUCGAUGAUAAUACUGAAUUGUUUGUCAAUAUUCCUCAAGAAGGAACUGAAGAGUACAAUAUCUUUAGUAAUGAAUUAUCGCAAGAAAUGCAAGAUGCUAUAAAAACUGGUUCUUUGGAUGAAGUAAAUAAAAUUUUCGCUAAAUUGAAAGUUGAGGACGCUGAAGCAAUUUUGGAGGUAUUUAAUAGAUGUGCUGUUAUUGGUGUUAAUGGUUAUUUAGAAGACGAGGAAGAGUUUAAAGAGCUUCAAAAACAAUAUAACGAAAACUUGGAUCUACAAGAAAAUGCUCCACAACCAACCAUUACCGAAGAAAAUGAAGUGGAUACUGCUGAUAUAGUUGACUAA